AUGGGUGAGAUCUAUUCGAAGUUUUAAAUUCCUAACACGGUGUGUCUUUCUUCGUCAGCGAGUAACGUCACGCACAUCAUGGGAAAGCGGAUAAUCGCAAGAAAACCCAAUUACCCUGGGAACAGAGUCGUACCUGUUUCGCUUGUGGCUCCAAAGGUUGUGUUUUUCAAAAUAAUUUUGUUAACUAGAUGCAAAAUGAAUAUACAUCGAAAGUUUUAACCAAAUUGCCCACAACUAUACCCGAAGUUUCUCACUUUUAAGUUAAUAUUUGCAGUUGUAAACAGUGCGAAAUAAAAGAGGUAUGACGCCCAGAAAGAUUUACUGGCACUUACACAUAUAUGUAUAUGCGUGUCACUAAAUCCUCGUGGGUGUCAUGCCCCUUUUAUUUCGCACUGUUCGCAACUGCUAAUGUUGACUAUUCUUAUCGGCUCAAUACCUUUUUAAUGUUCGUCGUUGUUAGUUUCCCUAAUAACAAUUCUGUCUAAUGGAUUUCUGUGUCCUGCUCUUUAAAUUUAACAGGUUACGCACUGUGUAAGCUGCGUUAGAGGAUAAGUUACAAACACGUCCUCCUAAGUGUUCCCCCAAUUCAAAUUUCUGAAUGUCUCCUUAACAGACAUUUUCCCGUCUGUGUUCUGAUCCCAUCCCGCACAUCUUUAAAAUCUCCUCGUGGCUUAAGCGGUUCAACAAUACUGAACAUGCAAGAAACUCGAAACAUGUUGCUUUCUUUUAGCUGAAUCCAUUUAAGCAUGACGAAAGACAGUUCGAGAUCUAAGAUAUUGAGGGAGAUAUCCGUGUGCAUCUGUGCACGUUUUGGAUCGCGAGUCUCGGCUAAUUCUUGAGCCAAGGUUUAUGCCUGGCGGCAGCCAAACUAGUCGUUUCGACAUUUCAGGAUGUUCCGAGACCUGUAGACCACGAAUUAAGUUAACAUAUUUUAUAGCCGAAAGAUGAGUACAUUUGAAAUGCUCUCUACUAUCCCGAAAUCUGUAAACAAAGCUUAAAUAAGCUUUGGGCUGAGCCCUGGUUGUUUCGGCCACUUUAGUUUUAUAUGAUGUCUGACCUAGUUAAGUCCACAUAUGAGGUCCGUUUAUCCGUCCAUUAACCUGAAAAUUUCAUAGCGGCUGAAUUCAUAAUUAGAGGGGACCACAGCCUAUUCUCUUUUGGUAAUGUCUUGCUUAAUGUCACAUUGGCCGUGAAAACGUCGUUCAAAGUUGGAGCUUCAAUGGUUACCCAUCAUUUUUCAAAGCAUCUACGUUAUUUCUAUAUAUAUACCUCCUUCUGAAUCCAGGAGCAGUAAUUUUUUAUUCUGUAGUAGUUAUUAGGCUAUGGAUACUCGUUUCUCGAUCUAUUUUCCUCACCACGGUCUUUGAGUUUACCAGGCCGGGGAAAUUACGAUCAUCAAGAUAUUUUAUGUUCAUAAUGUACAGUUCCUUCUGGUCCGGUGUGAAGGCCACAUAUAAACAAAGGGAUUAUUUUUCCGACAAGACCCUGUGGACGUGGUAUUCAGUCUGCUAGUGGAAUCGUUUUGUGAAGACUGGAGAACUCUCGGGACAAGUUAUUUGUUGCUGCUUUUUAUAGUAAAGUUGCCUGCGCAACCUGUGACGCACGAACGUCUCCGGUGAGGACUCAGGAAACGAGUGCCUUCUGUAGCUUGAAAGUGGCUACGGCAUUCGAGCCUGAGAUUAUGUUAGUUGUUAGCCAUCUGAGUCUUGAAGCAAAGCUUGCUUACGAGCGAAGAUUGUUGAUCGCGGAGCAUGUUAAGGGCAGACUGACAGGUUUCCUACAGUGUAAAGCGACCACUAUCCGGAAUGCACAGACUUUCAUUUCGGCCGACUUAAGUCGGGGAGGUCAAUAUGUGUAAAUUUACCGGAGUUGGCUACAAAUCCUGUUCACUUGGCGAAUUGCAUUUUUGCUUGUAAUGCCACCCAGCUAAUUUUGAUGGCUUGACGCAACAUUUAAGACUUCGCCGGAGAACUAUAUGAUUUUCGCCAAACAGCUCACAUAUAUGAGUCCUGCCUUUCGCUGCACUUACGCUUGUUCGGUUGCUCUUUAGCUAAUUCGAAAACAUCACGUUGGCUGUGAAAAACGCAGUAUGACCAAGAACCCCGUCGAUGUGCACUGUUUUCCUAAGUUUGACUGGCAGCUACUGGAAAUUUUUGACCAUUCUGCUGACAUGUUUUCCUCCAGUGUGGUGGAUCAGCGAAGUAACAUCCUGCCAAGGAAUUCGCUUAAAGUCGGAUAUACUAUUUACUGUCUCCCUUGCAUCAACCCAACUUACUGACGUUUGCUAAUGUUUGACAUAGGAAGAGAAUUUUAGAAAGGCCCACCCAAGUAGAUUGUUUUUUCGUGAGCCAUACGGUUAUUAUCAAUUCAUUACUUUGCAAAGAGAUCACUUGCCAGGUUAUCAUGCUCUUCUUCAGUUUGGGAGUAAGAAACCUUCGCAGAGUGGCCGCUCUCUGUUAGGUAUACCUUGCUUGGCCAAUUUCCGCACUCGCGGUGACCGUUCGGGCUUUAAUAUAUCCUCCCGCCGUCUUUUUCCAAUGACACUAAAGGCAGUGGUACAAAUGAAUUCUUAAACUGCUAAUUGAUGUUAGCGUUCUGAUGCGUUUCCGCAAAAUGACCGGUUUUUUAAGUAAGUGCUUAUCCGGGACUCACAAUACGUGAAGUGCCUAAACGCUACUGCAUACUUUCACAGUACCGUUCCUUUGGCGAGCAGAAAGGAGUGUUAAUAUCCCUCAUGGGCGGGUAUAAAAAAGAAAUUAUCACAGAAAGCUAUGCGAUUCUCUGGAGAACGUACAAGGCCUUGAGACUAAUAGCAUUAAACGAAUGCAUGUUCCGCAAACGGAGUUACUGCAACGUAAGACAGUUCAAAAAGAUAAACGUGUGUGGAAGCCCGGGCAUGAUUUCUAAUGGCGUUCUUGACAAUUCCAUUGCCGUUCUCUAAUUCAUUCUUCCAAAUUAUCCGUUGAGGUGUCAAAAUAAGGUGCCACUACUUGGAUAUCCACCACCAAAGUGUGAAGGAUUACUCCCGGAUCACAUGUGAACAUCAGUAGUGUUUUAUGUUUAAGUUCCCUUUCCUCAUAGGAUACUCUAACUAGUUCCAUUUCAUCUUGUUAUUGAAAUUUCUAAAUUUAAUUUCGUUCCUGUAUCCAGCCUGAUGAGAACUCUUUCGGAGCGAACCAGUACGCAGGUAGGCGAAAAAGACUAUUAAACUCAAAGUCCCGAGAACCGACCACUGAGCAAUCCGCCUCAAGGUCUUUGCGGAGAAAAUCAGCCAGGUAGGCCCAGGACCUCCGCCGUUGCCCAAUUUUGAUUUGAGUCUUUUCUUUUUUCGUUUGGCCCCACCUAUCAUUACUGUACUGUAGACGUUCCAGUGGAAUUUCGUCGAUUGGCAGGGGUACUGGUGGACAGCUUUUUCGCGCCUCUGCCUCAUCUCGGGAAGUUAAACGGCCAAGUGUUCAGGUAGGUGUUCAAAAAAGCAAGGAGCCUCACUUGGCUACCAUUGGGGUGGACUCUGAGUUUUCCUCGACGUGCGCUUCAACAACCGAUUGUCGGAGGGAAGAGGAGACCACCUCUUCCGGUGCAGUGGAUCAGCUCUCGCCCUGGGAACGCUGGCUUCUAGAAAAAGAGGCUAAGCGAAUCAAGGAGCAUAAGGCAUUUCUGCAGCAAAAGGUUAGUUCUAGUGAAUGAGAUAAGCAAUAAAGCACUGCUGAUCCCCCAACACACCCAUUCCUACCUUUUUCUGUCUUAUUUUUUUCUUUAUUUAAAAAGGCGAUUCAGCGCGAAAAGGAGCGGGAAGAGGAGAGAGCACAAGCAGCAAGGAGAGAGCUGCACAAGAAGCUGUACAGGGAAUGGGUAAAAAAGAAGAGAGCAGAAUUGUUGGCAGGACGUCGCGCGAAGGAGAUGGAAGAGGAGCAGGCCCGCCAAACGGCACUGCAACGACAGGAAGAUCUAAAGGUGUUUGCGCCCAUUCUAGGCACCUUGUUUGACUCUUCUGAGUCGCUGAAAAGUUUCGGGGUCGUGGCGCUUUUAGAUGUGGCGUCAUGUCUUCGGACAAAGAGGAGAUGGAAACAGUUUGUCUGUAAACUGGUCAGAUCAGAUUGCCGAUUCGAACGUGGUUGGUUGCAAUCUUAUUAACGGUCGCUGGAUCUCGGUUUUGGGUGCAUCUCUGUAUGUGCGCCCAAAAAAUUGAGAAGUCUUAUGUCAAUACCAAAACAGGAUGCGGUGCGUAAAUAAAUACUGUAUUAAAUGCGGAAUCGCAACGACGAAGAUACGCAUGAUGAAACAUUAAAAGCUUACUGACAAUACGUUGAAGUGUUGUGGCAUGGAAUAUGCCACAGUUAUCGAAGAUCUACUCAGUUACAUACUAACCCAUAGACUGUUGGAUUUACUCAAAAUUUUAUCACUUUCUGUCUCUUUGGGAUCCCGAAACAGAAUUAAGCCUCCCUUUCCAGACUUUGCAGUAUGCUUCGAUAUUAUUUUUUGGGACUCCGGUGGAGAGCCCACCAAGAUCAAAAUAUUAAUCCAGUGUGAUAGGAAUGUGGCCGUAAUUAUGAGGAGUAGUAAGUAAUAGUCAUUCAACUGACACGAUACUCGGCCUGGGAGGGGAUCUCGGUAAAGUAUCUUAUUUUUAGCCGUUCCUUUAGGUACGUACAAUCAGUGGCCGAUCUCGUGAUAUGUUAACCAAAAUUCUGAAACGCGUUUUCGAUUAGGACAGAUUACUUAGACUGGGUUACUAUAUUGAUUAUUAUGCGGCAUAAUUCGAUGACAUUUCGGACCCGCCGGAAUUUUGGUUUUUGGAGACAUUUGCUUUCGACCUACCGUAAAAGACCGAACUCGCUAAACGUCAGUUCAGCGGUUAAUCUGGCUCAAAAGUAUUCGAGAAUUGGAAGAGGUUUUCAGAGCCGAAAGGUAUCCUUACUUCGAGAAUAACGUUUGAGGAACGUGUGACUUAAUACCAGACUGAGAAAGUAAAGCAUAUCCUUGUGCAUAUUUUCUACAAAAUAUAUCUGAAUUUUUAAGGGCAUCGAUGCGGAAAACGCAUACUACUUAAACAGUCAUUUUUGCUAAAUGCUGUUUUUACGGGAGGUUGAAAGGAAAUGCCUCCAAAAGCCAGUAUUCUGGCGAGUCCCAAAUAUCAUAGGAUUAUGCCGCAUCAUAACCAAUAUGAUAACCAAACCUAAGUAGUCCUUCCCAAUCGAAAACGCGUUUCCGAAUUUCGGCUAACAUUUAAUGUAAUCGAUCACUGGUUGUAAGCACAAGACGGGAACAGCUGUCAGUCAGCAGUUCUCUUCAAACCACCUUGCGGGUUCACUUUGAUCUCAAUGUAUGCCUCUUCGAUUUCGGGUUACAUUCACCGGCGAAAUUCAAACCGAGAUUCAUCUUCGGGUAUUCUGGUUCAACAACUAACCUGCGAGUUGAGAAGCCGAAAGUCUUGAUGCCUCAACGGCCACAGACUUAAACCGUAUUGCUAAGAAAAACUCAAUAAAUUCCUUGAAUUCAAAAAGAAGACCAUAUACGAAAAAUGGUCAAUCGAUAUUCAUACUCAAACACGACUGAAUCAGGUACUCACUUUUCUCCGUGUCUGAGUGCUCUUGGCACGUGAAGGAGUUAUGAUUUUGACAGGCCUACUUUGAGGCCAGGAAAGACAACGAUGCAAACAUGCUUUCCAGGCUUUUAACACCUUUUGCUUUCCCUGGUUGCGAAUGGUUUUACUCAACAAUAGCAACCAUAAUUUAUACACUGAUGCACCUCAUGCAGCAGCAUAGAAUUUACUUUCCGAGCGGAUCGUUUGCGCGACGAACAUUACUCUGUAUUGGUGGAAGGAGUACCGACACAGACAAGGGAAACCGGGAUGGUCAUUUCUGGCUUGUUAGCCGUCGUCAGCCAGCCAUACCAAAUCCGAGGUUUCCUGUAAUCUUAAAUUCGGACCCAGACUCUGGUCACAGAUUGUCAAGUUCAGCACUUCACCACUAAGCCACAGGCCCGAUGUCCUGUCACCUCUAAUAGGCAAUACAACUAUUGUGGGAAGGUCGUCUGCCGAUCAAGUUGGCAUGUGAGGACUAAUAAUUCAAAAUUUACCAAACCAAUUCUCCCUGUCUAUGUCAAUACGCAUUUCUACAUCGCUACCGGCCAUAAUGCCACCGCUCUAAAGGACUUUAGGUCAAGCAUCAAGAUGAAACAGACGAGCAUGUCCUUUAACCUGAUCGGCGAACAACCCUCGCAGAAGUACCCAGUACAAUAUGGCGUAGAAUCCAUGGUUAGCUUUGCCCGAUCCGAUUCUACUAUGAGCAUAUAACUGGCGGAAAUAAUUCGCAGAGAACUGCCACUCGGUAGUCGCUUAUUACUCUCGAUACGGAGGAUUCGUAAUGACUUUUUCAGUAGCACUUUUUCCCCGUUAUUUGGAUGUUUUACUGGUGCGAAUAUUGUAUUAGCCUUACUGGGCGGACCUCUGUCCUUUGCUUUACUCAUUAUAAAAUCUGAUAAUUUGGGAAUGUAAGUAACAGACUCAAAAAAAUCGGAUGACAUUGCUUAAUUACUCUUUAGUACAGUGGUGUCGCCAAACAAUUCAAACUGAGUAUCGAAAACUUUCUUUUCCUCGCAACAAUCAACUGAGGAGGGAAUUAAAAUGCGGGACUAAAUAAUAAGCGGAAAUACUUUUCAGCUCACGAAAGCAUGUCAUUUUCAUCAUCUGGCGGCUCGAAAUCUAAUUUAGUCGGCUGUAAGCCAAAAGAGUAGGGGAACUUUGUUGUUUCCGCACACGCAUACAGCCCAGAAACCUCCAGUCUUGCUUACAUAUUUUUAUUUAUGGUAAAUACAGAUACUACUGACAAAUAGUAAGUGACCAUUAUUUCGCACAAGAUAAACUCGCUCUGUGUGUUUUGGUCAAAAUUAGGUCCGAGCUGAAGCAAAGUACCGUGCGUGGCUUGAAGCAAAAAGAAACGAGGACAAACUGCUACGGUUAAAGAUGGAAACAACCAAUUUGGAAAGUAAAAUGCUUCGCCAGGAGAAACAGAAGACGGCUGAAAAGGCCUUCAACGACUGGCUAUCCCACGCUACUCCCCGAAAACGGCGACCUCUCUACUCCCGCGGCUAUGCAGACGGAACCAUAAUACGUAUGUACAUGUGAAGUAAUGACUAUAUUUUGACAGCUUUACAGAGGGAAUAUGCUCACUGAUUGACCACCCAAUACCUAAAGCAUUACUUGUUCGUCCCUCCUUCAAAUUGAUUGAGUCCCUUCUCCUGAGACUACAGCGACUUGUUCCUAUUGGUGCUUCUAGCGAAGCACGAAUGAGCUUAAGAGCUGACUCUCAUAUGUUUCGUGUAUUUAAUUAUACCGGCUUCUCAGGGUGUUUUGCUGCGAUUGCGUGUUAGCGCGAUCGUCUAGCAGCUUGUUUUAAGUCCGCAUUCUAAGUGUUCUGAGAUAUUUGUCUUGUUUAAUUUCCGAGGAAAUUAAUGCGCGAACUUGGAGCAAAUCUUUCGAAACUGACCUUUUCAGGCACGGUCCAAAGUCUGAUAUGAAUAUUUGAGCCGAAAUCCAUCAGCUACUGCGGAAUAACCGCGUAAUAUUCACAAACCGACAACAGGCAGCCAGUAGUAUAGAAUUGUGCAAUGAUUUACCGUACUAACAACACAGGUAUUAGCAGUUCUGAGAUAGUCUGCGAAGCUGAAGAGUUGUUUAGCAGUGCUGGGAAUAAAAAUUGGUUACGCGUGUCGCAUUAUUCUUUGAAGCUGUCUUAUAAUGCCUGGAUUUGCGUUGGCUUGUCGGGUACGACAGUGGACCACAGUCAUACUCCGUCCAAUUUCUAACUAUGUCUCUUAUUCGGUGUUCCCUUAUGCGCUGAAUAUGAGGAUGAGUUAUAAAUCGAAUAUACCAACUUAUUAUCAUUACAAACAUUAAGUUUUGACCUUCUAAUCUUAGUCCUUUUAUAUUACGCGGCCUUCUGGUAACCCCGAGUUUAACUAUUUUCAGGCUAUUUUGAUCGCACAGCCAAUCCGGAGCCCUCCUUUUGCAAUAAAAACAAUUGGGUCGAUUAG